AUUUUCCAACAUUCGCAAGCACGACUACAACAAUGUCAUCAUCAUCAUCCUUACCAGAGACCAUUAGACCAGACCUUAUUGUCCAAAUGUGUUUCUAACUUUGGACUCUUUUUUAGUUAGUGCGUGCCCCCGGGUGUGUGUGUGUGUGAAAAAUUUCGUAAAAUGGGGAGACAAGUCGAAGCUCAAAGUUAGGAUCUUUUACGCUAAACAACAACAACGACACACAUCUUCGUACCCCAUUUUGGUUUCUUUCUUUCUUUCUUCUUGGGCUCUUUCAGAUCUCUUUCCCGAAAAUUCCCCAAUCUUUUUUCCAGUUUUGGUAUCUGGGUUUUCGGGCACCGGGGCGCGAUUUCUCACGCACGUGAAAAUAUCUUUUAAUAAUUUAAUCGAACAGUCCCUUUCCGUCUUCAUUCUGAGAGGAAUAUAGCGAACAAAAAGUUGGAUUCAGAGGAAGAAGGGAAAAGGGAUGGUGGCAUAGAGUAUAAAGAGAUAUUAGAUAGCUUUUUUUUUAAAAAAAAUUCUUGGAAUUAAAAUGGGUUCGAAGAGAAAGCCAGUUAGUAGCAAGAAUUCCUCCCCUGUUGCCUCUGAAGAAAGAGAUGUUGCUGAUAUACGUGCAAGGCAACUAGAAGAACUUGAAAAUCUGAAUUUAGUGGCACAACCUUUCAAGACUUUCAAACUUUUCAUUUUAGCUGUCAUACAGUAUCUCCAACGAUCAGCUGCUUAUCUUUUAGCUCAUGGCAGCUGGUUUUUGCUUUUAAGUACUGUCAUUGUGCUUCCUGCGGUAUUAUUGGUAAAACUUGAUGGUCCUCAUGAGAAGCAUAUUGAUGAAGUUUUAGAGUAUGUAAGGUUUGGAUUGUGGUGGAUGGCCCUUGGUGUUGCUUCUUCUAUUGGCCUCGGAUCUGGUUUGCAUACAUUCGUUCUCUAUCUUGGCCCUCAUAUUGCAUUCUUCACAAUCAAGGCAAUGCAAUGUGGAAGAGUGGAUAUCAAAAGUGCACCAUAUGAUACGAUUCAACUGAAACGAGCUCCUUCAUGGCUCGGCAAGGAUUGCUCUGAAUUUGGGCCUCCAGUGUUUCCAUCCUCACAUGGGACAAGGGUUCCCCUUAGUAGUAUACUGCCUCAGGUGCAGUUGGAGGCUAUUUUGUGGGGUGUGGGAACAGCACUUGGAGAGCUUCCCCCAUACUUUAUCUCAAGAGCAGCUCGUCUUUCUGGGGGUACAGUUGAUGCUAUGGGAGAAUUGGAUGCUAGCUCAACUGAAGAUAGCAGUUUCAUGGCGCGGAAGCUAAAUAACUUCAAGAUUUGGUUCCUUUCACAUGCGCAGUACCUAAACUUCUUCACAAUUUUAGUGCUUGCAUCAGUGCCAAACCCCUUAUUUGAUCUCGCUGGCAUAAUGUGUGGACAAUUUGGGAUCCCAUUUUGGGAGUUUUUUCUGGCAACAUUGGUAGGAAAAGCUAUUAUCAAAACACAUAUACAGACUGUGUUCAUUAUUUCAGUGUGCAAUAAUCAACUUCUGCACUGGAUAGAGAAUGAACUUAUUUGGGUGCUUAGCUUUAUCCCUGGUUUUGAGUCUAUUCUGCCCAAUGUUAUCGCGAAGCUUCAUUCCAUGAAAGACAAGUAUCUGGCUGCUAAAACUCCAGUUCCUUCAAAUAUCAAGGUGAGCAAAUGGGACUUUUCAUUUGCGUCAAUCUGGAACACAGUAGUGUGGUUCAUGCUGAUGAACUUCUUUGUUAAGAUAGUGAAUUCAACGGCUCAGAGUUAUCUCAAAAAAGAGCAAGAUAAGCAUAUAGCUGAUUUGAAGAACAAAUCAUCCGUCUCCGAGCAUUCAAAUGACUGAAAGGAUUUCUUUAGAGAUUUUAAUUCCUUAUUGUAAUAGGGAUAUAACUAGGGAUUACAAUGUCACAAACUCAGUGUAGCAGCUUCAAGGAACCAGUCAGAGUUGAUGCUGUCUCAUUACUGAGCUUCACCAGUAGUCAAAAUUCUGUAUAGAAAGAAUAGGAAUUUGCAGGAUCUUUUUUUCCUGUGCAACUGGGAAGGUGAGGGAGCCAUUGUUUUGGGGCAAAAAUUUAGUGCCAUUGUAUGCAACAUUGCAUCAAGAGAUCCAAAACCUUACAACUUUUCCUUUGGCCGGAACAGAUUACUUCUGUUGUUAUAAUCUUCUUGAUCAAUGUUUGAUCCUGUGAUCGAUCACUAGAGUUGGCGAUACCUCAUUUAGUGAUCGAUAAAUGCUUCAUCAGUCACAAUUGGUUGCGGGGAUUCAAACUUUACAAGUACAACCUAAGAUCAAUAAAGUGAUUAAUGAUCCUUGAAGGUUGACUUCAUUACAGAAAUUGCUUUCAAGCCUUUGCCUUUGUCAUCCUCAAUGUUGAACUGGUAAACUAUAGUACCUCUGUUUUAAAACUGUAAUAAUUAGAGAUGGCAAAUUGUGGGCAGCAAAAGAGACGUGAAGUAACCAACUGCUGAAAAUAGAUGGAAAAAAGGGUAAACCAACCCCAAGGUUUUUGGUCCAAGUUUACAAGUUCCAGCUAGCUUUAGACCCCCAAUCAACAUAUCACACCUUGGGGUUGCUAGUGUUUCCUUUUAUAUGUUUCUUUUUAUGAGGAAAUACUCGCUCCGUCCAAAAAUUAAUAUCCUGGUUGUGACAUAGGGUGCAUGUCAUUUGUUUAGUUUUGUUAAAAGUAGUGACUCUGUGGGCUACAAAUGUUGCAUUUUGUAAUAAUCUGUGUAUAAUUGCAAAUCUUUGAUAUAUAUUUUAUAGCAAU